UGUAAUUGCGUUCUAAAAUUUAUCGAAAUUCGAUUGUUGUCUUGCGUAAUGUUUACUGUGCUUUAAACACGUGAGACAGUUAAAAGUUCGGAAAAACGCAAAUGGAAAGGGAAAGAUAUAUCCGUAUUAAAGAGAAAGAAAACAAUUUUAUUAUCUUAGAUAAAUGAAAAGAAUACACUCGAUUACUGAUCAAGAAACAAUUUAUGGCAAUAUUUAAAUACAGUAUGACAGAAGUGGCAGCAAAUUUGAAAUCUAUCUGCGACAAGAUAUCGUAUGCUGCCACGAAGAGAACAUCGGAGUAUCAACAUUAUGAACCGCGACUGGUAGCUGUUAGCAAAUUGCAAUCUACUGUCUCGAUAGUAUCCGCAUAUGAGGCUGGUCAAAGAAAUUUUGGUGAAAAUUAUGUAAAUGAGUUAGUGGAGAAGGCCUCCAGCCCAUUAAUUCUUGAAAAAUGCCAACAAAUUCGAUGGCACUUUAUAGGCAAUUUACAAAGGAAUAAAAUCAAUAAAGUUUUAUGUAUACCAAAUUUAUACAUCAUAGAAACUGUCGAUAGUGAUAGACUUGCAAAUGCGCUCAAUAAUUCAUGGCCAAAAUUUCGAAAGAGCAAUGACAGCAAGUUAAAUGUCAUGGUACAAGUUAACACAAGUCAAGAAAAGGAAAAAAAUGGUUGUGAUAUUACACAAGUAUCAACCCUUGUAAAACAUGUCAUAGAGAAUUGCUCUAAUUUGAAUUUUAUGGGUCUUAUGACAAUAGGAAUGUAUGGGUAUGAUAUUGAAAAUGGACCAAAUCCUGAUUUUAUUUGUUUAAUAAAGUGCAGAGAAAAGAUACAUGAUGAAUUGGGAAUUGAUGUAAAAGAUAUUGAAUUAUCAAUGGGAAUGUCCAAUGAUUAUGAACAUGCGAUUGAACUUGGUAGUACAAAUGUGAGAGUAGGAAGUGCCAUUUUUGGCGACAGACCACAAAAGAAUAAUUAAGAGAUAUAUUAAAUCAAUUUUGUCUUAAGAAAAAAGGAUAUAAAGUGGAAUAGGGAUAUAUAUUUGUUAUCUUAGCAUCUCAGAUAUGUAUGUAUUAUAAACAUUCUUUCUGCAGCAAAUGUAGUUAAUUUUGUCUAUUUUAAGGUUAUCAGAAUCGAAUGUUUGCUAUAUUUUUCAGAUCUUUCCUAAAUUCUUAUUUUUAUUUUGAUUUACAAAAUAACAAUAUUAUGUGUUCUAUCUUUCAUUCCUUUUAUUACUUUAAUCCGAUCAGUAAGUAUAAGUACUAAAGGAAUUAUACAGAAAAAAGGACAAUUUAGGAGAAAAUGAUUAUCUUGAAAGAAGAAACCUUAGAAAAUUAUUAUAUACAGAGAAAAUUAUUUGUAAG